ACAGCCAUGUUGUGGAAGGUGCCCCUGCUUAUGGGACUCAUUGUGCUGGGGACCCAUAUCUGGACCAUUAAAAAAGAAUUUGUAGACAUCAGUAAGAAUCUGGAUUAUUUUGUGGCAUCAGUGGAGUUUGCUGUGGCUCAAUUCAAUGAUGACAACGCGGAAGAGAAUACAUACAGGUUGCUAGAGGUUGGAAGAGCCCAAAAAAAGACAUGGACAAUGAUAUUCUUAAUGGACUUGGAUAUGGGCCGCACAAUUUGUAAAAAGCAUGAUGAAGACAUUGACAAUUGUCCUAUGCAAGAAGGCGCAGAAGAAAAAAAGGUGCGCUGUACUUUUCAUGUGGAUGCCCGGCCUUGGUUUUCCCAGUUUACUCUUCUGUACAGCACCUGUACAGGUGGGGAAGGGGCCCCUGGCUUUUCACAGCAGAAAUCCCCUCUUUCCCUAGACAGUCUGUAG